AUGGAUUUCAAACGUAUAAGCAUCGCUUUGAAAAAAGCCAGGAAAGGCGAUCACGAUAAACGUCCUUCAACAUCUUCUUCAUCAAAACGUAGUAACUUCAGACGACAGGCAUUGUAUGGAUUUGCAGAUUCGACAGGAUUCGAAAGCAAUGGAGCACUGUAUGCUGAAUCCGAUCCUUCUCUGGUUGGAGAUGCUCGUUAUCAAUUCGAAUUGCUUGCUGUUGGGAACAAGAAGUUCGCAGAUCUUGCCCCUAUUCGUGGUACAUUAAAUGAAGAAAAGUUGGAUUAUUUCACUUGGAGAUUACAUCAUCUCUUUGUCGAUCAAUUGGAUCGUGAUCGAAUGGAGUUGCACGAUCAAGACAAUCUUCCUCAACGAUCAGAGUCCAACUCCUCCUCCUUCUCAUCCAAUUCAGCGCAUUCAUCCAGAGAAGAAAGACACACUCCAAUGGCCACCGCAAUGGAACGAAUGGCAGAUUUGGGUAUAAGCGAACCUGGUUGGGUUACCAUGCAAAAUUAUCGUCAAAUGACACAAGAAGAAAAACGUACAUCAUACAGGCAUGCGAUCGUAACAAGUGAUGCUUUGGCUGCUGUACCAUUGUUGGAAUGCGAAGAGCGUCAUUUCGUGAUUGCAGAAGAAGAACAACGAAGGGAUGAAUGUGAUUCACUUUUUGAUCACUUUUACGAUGCAAAACCACAACAGAAACCGGUAGUGGAUGUGCGUGAUGCAGGUGAUGAAGAAGCAACAAAGCCACUUCCACCGCCGCUUUUGCCCGCUUCUAUGUUCUAUCGUGCUUCGUUUGGUAUUCGACAAAAGCCAUCUCGCAAGACAUCAAGCAAGUCUAUUCAUAGUGAAACGGACAAAGUGUCCAAAUUACGCACAUUCUUCAAAGCACCUCUACUCCGAAGAGCUGAUUCGGAAGGUGCUCAUACUUCAGUAUAUGUCAAGUGA